AUGAUUAAUUCGCUGAUCCUCGAUACGCUCUUCGUCAGCCUUACCUUGUUCUUACUGUACCGCCUCUACGAGAGGAAAUCAAGACUUCACGGACGCCUCCCGCUGCCGCCGGGACCCAAAGGUCUUCCCAUUGUUGGCAACAUAUGGGACAUACCCGCAGAAUAUGAGUGGAAGACGUAUCAUAAAUGGUGCAAAGAGCUUGACACGGAUCUCCUUCACCUGAACCUCGCUGGAACAUCUAUGAUCAUCAUCGAUACAUUCGACGCUGCCACUGAGCUGCUUGACCGGCGGUCGUCUCUGUAUUCCGGGAGACCCAGGAUGCCAAUGAUCAACGAGGUCAUUGGAUGGGAUUUCAAUUUUGCGUUUAUGGAUUACGGCGAUCGAUGGAGGCAACAUCGGAAAUUAAUGCAUCAAUCCUUUCACCCAACGGCGGUGGAGCAUUUCCAUCCCCAACAGCUGCGAUCAGCCAGAAACCUCAUCCAGAAGCUUGCUACAAAGGACGAUAUCCUCUCCGAGCUUCGGCAAAUGGCUGGAGAAACGAUAAUGUCCAUCACAUACGGCCUCGACGUCCAGCCAGAGAACGACCCGUACAUCGAGAUCGCAGAGAAGGGCGUCCAAAUUCUCAUGCAGGCGGGCGUGCCAGGGGCGUUCCUAGUGGACGGGAUCCCUCUCCUCAAGUACGUGCCGUCAUGGUUCCCUGGCGCCUCGUUCAAGCGCAAGGCAAAGAAGUGGAGGGCGCUCUCGCAAGAGGUGCUGAAUCGCCCAUUUCAUGCUAUGGUCCAGGAGAUGGAACGCGGUUCACAGUGUAAAGUGUCUUUUGCCAGUGAUGGACUCCGAAAAAUGAAGUCAGGUCUGGGUGUCAUUUACACGGAGGAUAACGUUAAGUCUGUCGCUAGCGCGAUAUACCAAGCUGGGGCUGAUACGACUGUCGCCACGUUGGGAUUCUGCAUCCUCUCUCUCCUCGCUCACCCAGCACUAAUGAAGAAGGCGCAAGAGGAAAUCGAUUCAAUCACCGACGGAAUGCGACUUCCUGACUUCAGUGACGAGGGCUCUCUGCCUUAUAUUUCUGCCCUGAUCAAGGAAACACUAAGAUAUUGGACCCUUGCUCCUAUCACUGUUCCUCGUUUGUUGCACGUCGAAGAUGAGUACAAAGGCUGCCGACUGCCUGCCGGUUCUAUUAUCAUGCCCAACGCUUGGGCCAUGCUUCACAACGAGGACAUUUAUCUCGAUCCUUUCACCUUUAAUCCAGAGCGUUUCCUGACUGGAAACAAAACCGUGGAGCACAAUUUCAGUGCUUCAUGGGGAUUUGGAAGGCGGAUCUGUCCUGGGCGGUUCAUGGCCUUUUCUUCUGUUUGGAUCACUCUGGCAUCGAUUCUCGCCGUUUACGACAUUGAGAAGACCAUUGGACCUGAUGGCAAACCUAUCGAACCUUCAUACCAUUGCCCCUCUUCCCUUCUUUCGCUCCCGGAGCAUUUUCAGUGCAGAUUUAUUCCUCGAUCUAGCGUAACAGAACAAUUGUUGCUCCUCUCGAAGGAUGUACAAUGA